UGAUUCUCAUGUCCCGGUUCACAUUUACACCUUGGGACAAUUAAGAGUUUUGAUUUGAAUUAACAUGCAUGUUUUUGGAAUGUGGAGGGAAGCCGGAGUCCUGCAAGUACAGGGAGAACGUCCACACUCUUCACAGGAUCCCGAGGGGUUCCCAGACCAGCCAAGAGACAUAGUCUCGCCUGUUCCCUGAACAUCCUAGUAAGCCUGCCUCUUUUGGUACUGCUGCUUUUCCUGACUGACUCGCUGAUCAUUGACCACGGACCGAAUAAAGGCUUUCUGGUACACUACCUGCUUGCCUCUGGAGUCGUGCAUUUGGGUCCGCCCUCGAGCCCCGUUAGUGACAGGGUGUGGUCUACCUAUCAGGCAAAGUCAGGUGCAAUCGGCUCCAACUCACCUGCAGGACCCAAUUCAUGGGCACCGCCAUGGAAAAUUGAUGAAUGGAUUAAUUCAUCCUAAUGUACACCCCUAGGGCCCACGUUCAAAUGAUGUCAUGGAAUUGCUAUGAUAUGCGAUGAUGUCUAUACCACGAGUGUCGUCAUGAAUCAUUCAUGGCGAUUGAGUUACUGUUGGAACAACAAGGAACACGGUUGCCAUGUGGAUUAAAGCGUCCACCCAAGGACCGGAGAGCAUGGAGAUUGCCUCUUUACUUCACCGGUAUUGAGAGACAUCAACCGCCCCCCACUGAGGAGUUGGCUGGGGGGCUGGCUGGCUGGCUGGCUGGCCGGCUCGCGUUAAACGUGCCAAUUCUACACCAUCAUCUUUACACCGUAUCCCGCGUUGACACUCAUGGAAAAGGAAACGGGAAGUUUUCUCACUCUCCACACAUCUGAGUGACAGCUUGAGGUUGAAUUGCAAGAUGAAGGGUGGAACCAGGCCGUCAUCUACUGCUCUUUGAGCUUUUCUGUGUGGCUAAACUGGGGGACAAGAGAGGAAGAUGCCUCCCAGGCCAUCCUCAGGGGAAUUAUGGGGCAUCCACCUGAUGCCUCCCAGGAUCUUGGUGGACUGCCUGUUGCCCAAUGGAAUGAUUCUGACGUUGGAGUGCCUCCGUGAGGCCACUCUCAUUACCAUCAAACAUGAGCUCUUUAAAGAAGCCAGAAAGUAUCCCCUCCAUCACCUCUUGCAGGAGGAGACUUCUUAUAUCUUUGUCAGUGUUACUCAGGAAGCUGAGCGGGAGGAGUUCUUUGACGAGACUAGAAGGCUGUGUGACCUCAGACUUUUUCAGCCCUUCCUCAAGGUCAUUGAACCUGUUGGCAACAGAGAGGAAAAGAUCCUUAACAGAGAGAUUGGUUUUGCUAUCGGGAUGCCAGUGUGUGAGUUUGACCUGGUCAAGGACCCCGAGGUUCAGGACUUCAGGAGAAACAUUCUGAAUGUAUGUAAAGACUCUGUUGAACUGAGAGAUGCUAGCGGUCCCCACAGCAGAGCCCUCUAUGUUUAUCCACCCAACAUAGAAUCCACACAAGAACUCCCAAAACACAUUUACAGCAAGUUGGACAAAGGUCAAAUUAUUGUUGUAAUUUGGGUGAUUGUUUCUCCAAAUAAUGACAAACAAAAGUAUACAUUGAAGAUCAACCACGAUUGUGUGCCUGAGCAGGUGAUUGCAGAGGCCAUUCGUAAGAAAACACGCAGUAUGCUGCUCUCCCCUGAGCAAUUAAAGAUGUGCGUUCAGGAAUAUCAGGGUAAAUACAUCCUCAAAGUUUGUGGCUGUGAUGAGUACCUGCUGGAAAAGUACCCAAUCAGCCAGUAUAAGUACAUUCGUAGUUGUAUCAUGCUGAGCAGGAUGCCUAACUUGAUGCUCAUGGCGAAGGACAGCCUCUACACCCAGUUGCCUACUGAUAACUUUGUCAUGCCAUCAUACUCCCGCCGCAUCUCCACUGCAUCGUCGUAUAUGAAUGGCGAGGCAGCUGCCAAGUCACUAUGGACCAUCAAUGGAACGCUGCAAAUACGGAUCCUCUGUGCUACCUAUGUUAACGUCAAUAUAAGGGACAUAGACAAGAUUUAUGUAAGAACGGGUAUUUACCACGGAGGAGAGCAGAUGUGUGACAAUGUGAAUACACAGAGAGUGCCCUGCUCGAACCCCAGGUGGAGUGAAUGGUUGACUUAUGACAUGUACAUUCCAGAUAUCCCGCGAGCUGCCAGACUUUGCCUUUCCAUUUGCUCAGUCAAAGGCAGAAAGGGAGCAAAAGAGGAACACUGUCCUCUGGCUUGGGGUAAUGUCAACUUGUUUGACUACACCCACACUCUGGUGGCAAACAAGAUGGCGCUGAACCUCUGGCCUGUUCCUCAUGGCCUAGAAGAUCUUCUCAACCCUAUAGGUGUUACAGGCUCCAACCCCAAUAAGGAAACGCCAUGCCUGGAGCUGGAAUUUGACCACUUUAGUAGUCCAGUCAAAUACCCAGAUAUGAAUGCUGUGGAGGAGCAUGCUAACUGGUUCAUCUCAAGAGAGCUGGGAUUUAACUACAACCUCUCUGGACAGAGCAAUCGUGUGGCGAGAGAUCAUGCCCUGACAGAGAGUGACAUAGAUCAGUUGGGACAGCUCAGUAACAGAGACCCUCUCUCAGAAAUCACUGAACAGGAGAAAGACUUCCUGUGGAGACAUAGGCACUAUUGCAUGAAUUUCCCAGAGAUCCUUCCCAAGAUCCUUCUUGCUGUCAAAUGGAACUCCAGAGAUGAAGUAGCCCAGAUGUACUGCCUAUUGAAGGAAUGGCCAUCUAUCCGUCCAGAACAGGCCAUGGAAUUGUUGGACUGCAACUACCCGGACCCCAUGGUUAGACACUUUGCUGUACGCUGCCUUGAUAAAUACCUGACUGAUGACAAACUGUCUCAGUAUCUCAUCCAACUUGUACAGGCUAUGGCUUGCACACCCUUGUUUGAGAACCACUUUCUGAGAAAACCUAUCGUUAUAAAAUAUGAGCAGUACCUUGACAAUCCUCUGGCCCGUUUUCUACUUAAAAAGGCACUAACUAAUCAAAGGAUAGGACAUUUUUUCUUUUGGCAUCUCAAGGCCGAAAUGCAUAAUAAAAAUGUCAGCCAAAGGUUUGGCCUACUUUUAGAGGCUUACUGCAGGGCCUGUGGCAUGUACCUCAAACACUUAAGCAGGCAGGUGGAGGCCAUGGAAAAACUCAUCAAUCUCACUGAUAUCCUUAAACAAGAGAAAAAAGAUGAGACACAGAAGGUUCAAAUGCGAUUCUUGGUGGAUCAGAUGAAAAGACCUGACUACAUGGAUGCACUACAGAGUUUCACCUCUCCUCUAAACCCUGCGCACCAACUGGGCAACCUAAGGUUAGAGGAAUGUAGGAUCAUGUCAUCGGCAAAGAGGCCAUUGUGGCUCAACUGGGAAAAUCCGGACAUCAUGUCUGAGCUACUCUUUCAGAACAAUGAGAUUAUCUUCAAAAAUGGAGACGACCUCCGCCAAGAUAUGUUGACUUUGCAGAUUAUCAAAAUCAUGGAGAACAUUUGGCAGAAUCAGGGACUGGAUCUACGCAUGCUGCCAUAUGGUUGUCUAUCAUUAGGAGACUGUGUGGGUCUCAUUGAGGUGGUUCGCAGCUCACACACCAUCAUGCAGAUUCAAUGCAAAGGUGGCUUGAAAGGGGCUUUGCAGUUUAAUUCUAAUACUCUCCAUCAGUGGCUCAGAGACAAGAACAAGGGAGAGAUGUAUGAUAUGGCUGUGGACCUUUUCACAAGGUCCUGUGCUGGCUACUGCGUAGCUACAUUUAUUCUCGGGAUUGGAGACAGGCACAACAGCAACAUUAUGGUCAAGGAUGAUGGGCAGUUAUUUCAUAUAGAUUUUGGACAUUUCCUGGAUCAUAAGAAGAAGAAAUUUGGCUACAAGAGAGAGAGAGUACCCUUUGUAUUGACACAAGACUUUCUAAUUGUCAUCAGUAAGGGCUCCCAGGAGUGUGCUAAGACCAAAGAAUUUGAGAGGUUCCAGGAAAUGUGUUAUAAAGCCUACCUGGCCAUCCGGCAGCAUGCCAACCUGUUCAUCAACCUGUUCUCCAUGAUGCUUGGCUCCGGCAUGCCCGAGUUGCAGUCAUUUGAUGACAUUGCCUACAUCAGGAAGACCUUGGCCCUUGAAAAAACAGAGCAGGAGGCUUUGGACUAUUUUAUGAAACAGAUGAAUGAUGCUCACCACGGUGGGUGGACUACUAAAAUGGACUGGAUUUUCCACACAAUUCGACAACAUACACUAAACUAAACUAUACACAAACUAAUUCAAACUUUUAUAGUUGCUCUUACAUUUACCCCCUCUUCUUCACUUCUUCACACUCAAUGAUGCCCUUGUUUGGAGUCACCCCUCUUGGAAUUUCCUUUUGAGAGGAUUGUUGUCUCACUUAAUGCAGUCUCUGUUUUUGGUUCUGGAAAACCAAUGACCAUUGCACUUCAACUACUUAAACACUACUUGCAAAGGAGAAAUACCAGUUGCUCAAAAGACUGCAUCAGUAUUGUAUUCAUCCAGCUGCACAUCUUGCUGAUUUCUUAAUUCUGCACUGUGGCCCCCACCCUCAAAAAGGUUUUCUUGGAAAACCUUUCCUUGUCAGUGCCAUAAAGAGGAAGACACAGACACAAAAAUGAAAUGAACGCACAGUUAUUUCAGUAUGGGAACCUGUGAUGGCUCUUAGUCUUUAGUCUUCCACUAUGCUCGUGGCGAAACUGUCCCUGUGAGCGCCAUCUUUGCCAAAAAUCAAACCCAACUCGUAGCCUUCAAGGCAUAUUGUAUGUCUCCCCCAACUUCAAAGAAACAGAACUUCACCAUCCGGAGAAGUUCUUGGUGGUGCACCUUGAGAUUUUUCAACCAACAUCAAGGUGAUGUUGCCUCUCCAGCAAAACCAAGAUCAACAAUGACUUUCAAAGGAUGUUGUGUGUCAGUUCACUUCAGUAAUUUUUUUUCCCUGUUAGCCUGCAUCUUGCAUCUCCAGUCGUCACAUCAAAUUGUCAGCGAUUAGGUCAUAUUUGUGUAAUGAGGCAUGAUUUUCUAUUUUUUUAAUAAUCUUUUUAGACCUUUCACCUGAGCAAAGCAGAAACUCCUGCAAUGGUUUCUGUUAUCUUUGCACUGACUGCAAUUUUGAUUUCCGUGAUUUGCUGUAUUUUUGUGAUGCAAAACAGACAAUGGGGGCAGUUGUUGAGAAUUGUGGUUUUACUUUCACAGACAUCCAGGCGAAUGUCUCGUCUUCCUGUUCUUAAAAAAAUGCCUUUUGCUUCACAGCAUAAAACCCCAAUGUUCCACAAUGCUGAAGCCCGUGCUGAUUGCUACCACUAUUGUAAAAUGCAUUACCAUGAUGCUCUUGAGAAUGUAGGAAUUUACUUGACGAUAUGGCACCAUGUGACUUUUAUUACUAUGAUGAGUAUGGAAUUUUCAAACUGCUAGGAGGUUUUGAGUGUAACCUUACUUCAAUCCUCGCCCCAUCCCCUCGAUUAUCUGCCAAAAUGCCACAGCUCAAUAAUGUGAUAUAUACAUAACUCAUAUACUCUCACUCUCUCUCUCUCUCUCUCUCUCUUUUUUUUUUUUUCGACCAACCACAUUGUGUUCCUCUGAGAGGAAGUGAAGUUUCACAGGCCCUAGAAGAAAGUACCUCAUACUUCUCAUUUUCAAGUCAGAAGAGUGAUGUGAAGUUUUAAUCUUCCUCUCUCUCUCCCUCUCUCUCUCUCUCAUAUAUAUAAUGUUAAGACAACAUGUGAGUGUAUAUCCAUCCAUUUUAUGAGCCGCUUAUCCUCGCAAGGGUCGCGGGAAUGUAUGACUAUAUUCCAACAAAGAAUCAAAUGGAAAAAUAGGCAAGGUGAUCAAUUUACCAAACGAUCGGGUAAGAAUGGUGACAUAAUCUGUGGAUUUCUAAGGCAAACCAUGUUGCCGUGUGCAUGUGGAACAACACUAUUUGUUUUUGCCCUUGAUUUUUCUCGAGAGCUGUCCAACUCCUUGUUUUUCAUUUUUGUUUCUAACUGGAGUUAAAUAAUCCAGCCAAGAAACUAUUAAACUAAAUAGUGUCCUUUGUGAAAGGCUGUGUGUGCCUGCAUGUGUGUCUGCAUGUGUGCAUUACAAAUGAGUCACACGCCUCCUGUCUCUACAAUUUUUGACUGGCUAUUGGAGUCGCACUGCCACCAUUUAUGAAAUAAUAAUUUCAAUGAAAUUAGAGCCAUGAAAGGGGGCCAGAGAAUGCUGAUUUUUUUUUUUAGCCUGACGUGCCAACGUAAUAUUUCAUUGGAUCAGAAAAUCCGUUGCGAUGUGAAGUAUAAAUGCAAAGUUACAUUGCAACAUGGCUAAAAUCUAUUUAAUUGCCUACCACCGGCCGUAUAUCCACUCACUUUUAUGUCGUGUGAUCAAAUGCAUUUUUUUUUUCACGCUGGUCAAGGUUCAUCAUGCAGUCUGGCAUAUCUGUUACAGACUUUUUUUUUUUUUUUUGG